CUGGAAGAUGGCGCCCUAGGGCCCGGGCAGCGUCAGGCGGCGGUGCCGGCAGGUGCUGUACUGGAUCCCGGUCGUGUUCAUCAGCCUCCUGCUGGGCUGGUCCUACUACGCCUACGCCAUCCAGCUGUGCGUAGUGUCCAUGGAAAACAUUGGAGAACAAGUCGUGUGCCUAAUUGCUUAUCAUCUACUUUUUGCAAUGUUUGUCUGGUCCUACUGGAAAACUAUCUUUACAUUACCAAUGAAUCCUUCAAAAGAAUUCCAUCUCUCUUAUGCAGAGAAAGAAUUAUUGGAGAGAGAACCGAGAGGAGAAGCCCAUCAGGAAGUUCUUAGGCGAGCAGCCAAAGAUCUUCCCAUCUAUACAAGGACCAUGUCUGGAGCAAUCCGAUACUGUGACAGAUGCCAACUUGUAAAACCAGAUCGCUGCCAUCACUGCUCUGUCUGUGAUAAAUGUAUUUUGAAGAUGGAUCAUCAUUGCCCUUGGGUGAACAAUUGUGUUGGAUUUUCAAAUUAUAAGUUUUUCCUCCUCUUCCUGGCUUAUUCUCUACUCUACUGCAUAUUUAUUGCUGCUACUGAUUUACAGUAUUUUAUCAAAUUUUGGACAAAUGGCCUACCUGAUACUCAAGCCAAGUUCCAUAUUAUGUUUUUAUUCUUUGCUGCAGCUAUGUUUUCUGUCAGCUUGUCUUCUCUGUUUGGCUAUCAUUGUUGGCUAGUCAGCAAAAAUAAAUCUACAUUAGAGGCUUUCAGAAGCCCAGUAUUUCGUCAUGGAACAGAUAAGAAUGGAUUCAGCUUGGGUUUCAGUAAAAACAUGCAACAAGUGUUUGGUGAUGAGAAGAAGUAUUGGUUACUACCUAUUUUUUCAAGUCUAGGUGAUGGUUGCUCCUUUCCCACCUGCCUUGUUAACCAGGAUCCUGAACAACCAUCUACUCCUGCAGGACUGAAUUCAGCAGUUGAAAAUCCGGAAAACCAUCAAUUUCCUGCAAAGCCAUUGAGAGAGUCCCAGAGUCACCUUCUUAUUGAUUCCCAGUCUUGGACGGACAACAGCACAGACUCGGGAAAGGGCAAAACUGGUAUGAGCAACCCUGCAUUAACCUUGGAGAAUGAGACUUAACUCUUCAAGCAAAAUAAAUUCAUAUUUUAUAAAUGUAAGGUGUCAGUGCUGUAGAUGGAUGGAAGAGAAGGAAAGCACCAUUUGCCAGUUGUUCACAUUUCCUUUCUCCUGGAUAUGCAAAAUAUGAGUUGAUCAGUUCUCUCUAAGCCAUUGCUUAAAACAUAAUACAUUUUUAUACAAUAUACAGUUUGUCUCAACUAACACAAAUUCCUGUUAAAUGUUAAGACUAAGUAUGGUUUAUGAAUCAAGGGAGAUAGUACCUUCUAUCAUAAAAACUUGGAAUAAAUUUAUGGGCUAGUUUUUCACCCAAAUAUUUGGAUAGCACAAUUUAUUACAUAAAAAGUCCACUAAUCAUCUGAUUUUCAGAUUCAGAAAAUUGAGAGUAUUAUUAUACUGUGUGAGAUUUAAAAGAUUUCCAGUGACAUUAUAUGAUAAGCUUUUUUUGAAAACCUAUUACCCUAUGAGAAGGUGGAGGUAGAAAAUCAGACUUUUUUGUUGGCUUUCUCUGAUGUGAGUCCAGCCUCAGACUGAGUGAACUGUAAUGACUAUGAACUCAUGACAAAAGUCAAGGGGCCUAUGUUGAACAUCACCAUUCAGUUUUGCUGGAUUUUAACCCAAUUCUAGCCGUUGUUCCCUCCUGGAAAAGAAUGAUGAAUAUUGAAGCUUGAGUUCACUGAUAAAGCCAAUCGGCUAGAAAAUUUUUGUCAGAACUAACACAUUCCUCUUACCUCAGAAAUAUUUUUUUCAUCUCUGCUUAAAUUGAAGGACAAUCUAUAAUAACAAUUAUGAGGAUUGUUUUGUGACUUUCUUUGGUCAGUUUGACUUAGAAAAAAAAUCUCUUUUUAGGUUAUUCCUCCUAUUGAACAUAACAAAAAUAUGGAGUUUCUAUUAAUAA